GUCCUGGAAGAAUGGGGGGAAUGUGGCAGAAGCCACAGCUGCUGCUUCCAAGGACAUCUGUAUAGCUCCCCGGGGACCCUCUGCCCUUUCCCCCUCCCACAAGCCUGGGCGAGCAGGGACCAAGCUUGCUUGUUAUCACCUGACGCUGAGCAGCCUCUGAUCCCAUUGGUGGAGCCAGAUUCGGUCUGGCUCUCCCGUUCCUUCUCGAUUUCUCUGCCUCUCUCUCCUCCACGCUGCUUUGAUUUUGCUCUUGCCUCUCUCUUCUUGUGCACUCGCUCGCUGGGCUGCGAGCAACAUCGUCUUCUUGCCGGGAGCAGUAGCGGUAGCUGCAGAGUCAAACAGGAGUGGCUGCCUGUGGGGCAUGGAAGCAGCCUCCCCGGUGGUAGCCCAGACAGAAACAAGCGAGCCCCGCUGCCUGUGACCUAGGCGUCAGGGUGCUGUCCCCUGCCUGGGGAACUCAUCAUCCACAGAGAGGUCUCUCCUUUCCUUCUCUUCCAAGUCUCCCUCUGCAGGGCCGGCUGAAACCAGGAGCCAAACCAUAGGGGAACAUGGAACUGCUGUCCACCCCCCACAGCAUCGAGAUCAACAAUAUCACUUGUGACUCUUUCCGUAUCUCCUGGGCCAUGGAAGACAGUGACCUGGAGAGGGUCACCCAUUAUUUCAUUGACCUCAACAAGAAGGAAAACAAGAAUUCCAACAAGUUCAAGCACCGGGAUGUCCCCACCAAGCUCGUGGCCAAGGCAGUGCCUCUGCCUAUGACAGUGAGAGGCCACUGGUUCCUGAGUCCCCGUACAGAAUACAGUGUGGCUGUGCAGACAGCGGUGAAACAGAGCGAUGGGGAGUACCUGGUGUCGGGCUGGAGUGAGACUGUGGAGUUCUGCACUGGAGAUUAUGCCAAGGAGCACCUUGCCCAGCUGCAGGAGAAGGCUGAGCAGAUCGCUGGCCGCAUGCUCCGCUUCUCUGUGUUCUACCGCAACCAUCACAAGGAGUAUUUCCAGCAUGCCAGAACCCACUGCGGGAAUGUGCUGCAGCCUUACCUGAAGGACAACAGUGGCAGCCACGGCUCCCCCACCAGUGGCAUGCUGCAUGGUGUCUUCUUCAGCUGCAACACGGAGUUCAACACAGGCCAGCCCCCACAAGACUCCCCGUAUGGCCGCUGGCGCUUCCAGAUACCUGCCCAGCGCCUCUUCAACCCCAGCACCAAUCUCUACUUUGCGGACUUCUACUGUAUGUACACAGCCUACCACUAUGCCAUCCUGGUGCUGGCACCCAAGGGCUCCCUGGGGGACCGCUUCUGCCGUGAUCGCCUGCCCCUCCUGGACAUUGCCUGCAACAAGUUCCUGACCUGCAGUGUGGAGGAUGGGGAGCUGAUCUUCCGCCAUGCUCAGGACCUCAUCCUGGAGAUCAUCUACACGGAGCCCGUCGACCUGUCCCUGGGCACGCUGGGAGAGAUCAGCGGGCACCAGCUCAUGAGCCUGUCCACUGCCGAUGCCAAGAAAGAUCCCAGCUGCAAGACCUGCAACAUCAGUGUGGGCCGCUAGGGACUCCUGGGGAGCUGGAGGCCUGGGGAGAGAUGGCAGGAGGGCGGGGGAUGUGUGGCUUAGGGAUGGGGAGCUGGCUUU